CGAAAUUUGUAUCACACAUUCCAAGUACACACAUCGACGCAGGUUGAAGUUUGCAGAUACGAAGUUUAGAACACAAGAAGAAAACACCAAAACGAAAUGGCUUCUUUCAAGUAUCUGAUAUUCUUCGCCUUGGCUGUGUACUCUGUGUCUGCUGUUGAGCAAAACCCUACUGUCGAAGGAGCAAGAGUAAAGAAACACGCUUACCUCGCUCCAGCUCCGAUUUUAGCCUAUUCUGCCCCAGCCCCAGUAUCUUACUCAUACGCGACGUACUCUGCUUAUCCGUCUAUCUACUCGUAUAAAUAUCCAGCGUAUCCUGCCGCAACAUCUUACUCUUCUUUCACGAAGUAUCCAGCAUACUCCGGCUACGCUGCCUAUCCUAGCUACGCCGCCUACCCAAAGUACGCUCAUGAUGAUGGAAAAUACUUUCCUGGGAAAUACGAAAAGGCUUACUACCCAAUCUACAAGAGCGCCUACCCAGUCGCAUACCACUACUAAAAACUCACUUAACGAUUAUUAAUCCCUUGUCAAUAUAUGCCUACUAUUAGUUUUUUAAUACAGUUUUUAAUAAUAAAAACGUCAUUUUUUUUCGACAGUA